GGUAUUUAUUCCACAUAAAGAAAAUGACGAGAAGGAUGAUUCGCAAGAAAGAAUAAGAAGCCAGUUGUCAGGUCUUGUCUUAGGUAAAAAGCAUACAAAUAGGGAUCUCGGUUGUUUUGAUUGGAUAUAUCGUAAAAUGAGUACACUUUUCGAACACUUAAAGACGCUCUUUGACUGCGAGUUGUAUUCAAAUGCGAAAUUAUUGUCUAAUUUGAUAUUGGCAGUUUAUGAGAACAAUAAAUUGAUCCUGACUCCGCAGCAACAUUUUUGCACAUUGGUUUAUUAUGCAGAAUCGCUUUUUCAUGAGCACCAGUAUCGUGAAUCCGAGGGAUUAUUUAAACAAGCUUUGCAAGCUAAGCGCAUAAUUACUAAGUCGAAAUCACCUGGAAAUAGAGUAACAGAAGAUUUUAAAGACAUUUUUUCAGAAGUUGAGAUCAAAUUCAAAACUGCCACGUGUUUAGUAGAAAUCAAACGGUUUAGGGACGCGAUCACUACUCUUCAGUCUCUUUCAACUAAACAACGAACCCCAAAGGUUAAUAUGCUUUUAAGUAGACUAUGUCAUAAUCACGGACAUGAAAGAACAGCAAUUGGAACAUAUAAAGAGGUGUUGAAAGAUUGCCCGUUAGCAUUCGAGGCAAUAGAAGGUCUUCUGAUGCUUGGCACUAAUGGAAUUGAAGUUAACACUCUAAUUGUGAACGCAACGCUUGUACCGCAAUGCAAUGACUGGUUAAGUAAUUGGAUCAAAGCUCAUGCUCAUAUUCAUAGUAGAAGGUACAACGAAGCUAUUCAAACAUUUCGGUCUAUCGAAUCAAAUACUUCACUUGCAAAUUAUCACCAGCUACUGGUGCAGAUAGGUGAGUGCUUCUACAACAACGGAGAUUAUGAAAACGCUUACACCUAUUUAAAAAGAGCACAUAAUUCAUAUCCGUAUAUGAAGAAUGGUAUUCAGAUUUUAGCGAUUCUCAUGACAAAGAAAAAAAAAAUUGCUGAAUUAGAAAAAAUGAUUGCUCCCACAUCAACGUUUCCAUAUGAAUAUUCUUCAGAAAUGUGGUUUGUAAUGGCACAAUAUUUGUUCGCUACAAUGAAAUACGACAAAGCCGUCUAUUUUGUCCAGAAAGCAU